UACCUAAAUUCUGUGGACCGUGGUAUUACUGGUAUUGCAGUAAUUCCAGUAAUUAUCAACUCCUUAGUCCUUCAAAUUUCAAUGAACCGUUGUUGUUCAAGUUCAAAAGUUAAUGAUUUUUAAAAAAUUAAUAACAUUUACAAAUUUGCGAUCUGUUAAGUUAAUCAUACGUACAAUGUCAUCUUCUGCAUUAGAGAAAAUCCCAAACGUAGAUAUUGAUGACAGAGGUCGUUAUAAAUACAUUUUGAUUAAGGUGACAGAUCAAAAUGAUUCUUCCAAUCAAUCAAAAUAUGUUGUACGAGGUGGUCAAAGAUUUGAUUUUCACGCCGACUGCUAUGAUAAUUUCAAAAAAUGUAUUAAACCGGAUGAACUAAAUGUCACGACCAGAAUUCUGGGAGGUGGUUGGUUGGAACAUGGUGACAAAUCCAUUCUCGUUGAAGGUGCAUCUGUUCAAUAUGGACCAGCUGACCAUUCAAUUUCAGCAAAUAUUUUAAGAAAAGCUUAUCCAGAUUACGAAAUAGCAUGCAACAACGAAUGAAAAUAAAACUAAAACGAUAAAAGUGUUAUAAUGUAUUACGUAUAUACAUAAUAAUGUCGUUUUCAUUCA